UUGUAGUCUGAGUCUCCUUUUGCAUACCCAACCCCAAAACCUCGUUCACCAGAUCUCAUUCUCUUCCUUACAGCAGAGAGAGAGAGAGAGAAGAGAAAAUGACGGUUAUGGCGGUUCACCAAUUCGCACAAUGCAUCACUUGCCACGCCUGGAGCCCCGAUCAAUCCAUGGUCGCAUUCUGUCCAAACAAUAAUGAAGUGCACAUCUGUAGAUUAGUUGAAGACAAAUGGGAAAAGGUGCAUGUUCUUCAAAAGCAUGACCAGGUGAUUUCCGGGAUAGACUGGAGUGCAAGAUCAAAUAGAAUAGUUACUGCAUCCCAUGAUCGAAAUUCAUAUGUCUGGAACCUUGAAGGAUCAGAAUGGGUGCCAACUCUUGUUAUCCUUAGACUAAACCGUGCUGCUCUUUGUGUCCAGUGGAGUCCUGAAGAAAACAAGUUUGCUGUGGGAAGUGGAGCCAAAACAGUUUGUAUAUGCUACUAUGAGCAGGAAAACAACUGGUGGAUCGGCAAACUUAUCAGGAAAAGACAUGAUUCUUCAGUGACAAGUGUCUCUUGGCAUCCCAAUAAUAUUCUUCUUGCGACAACAUCCACAGAUGGAAAAUGCCGAGUAUUUUCCACCUUUAUGAAAGGUGUAGAUGCAAAGUAUGAUAAAAGGAACUCUGAAUAUUCUAUUUAUAAUAUUUUUCUUGUGCAACAGUUAAUUGUUCAGCUUGAUCUCUCAUCAUCUUGGACAUUCGGAGUUAAGUGGUCCCCAAGUGGCAAUACUCUAGCUUAUGUAGGUCAUAAUUCUAUGAUAUAUUUUGUUGAUGAUGUUGGUCCUUCUCCAUUGGCCCAAAAUGUUUUGUUCCGUGAUUUGCCUCUCCGUGAUGUAUUGUUUGUUUCUGAGAGAACCGUAAUAGGCGUGGGAUUUGAUUGUAACCCAAUGGUUUUUGCUGCAGAUGAAAGAGGAAUUUGGAGUUUUAUCAGAUAUCUUGGGGAACGGACAGCAGUACCUUCUGGAUCAAGAUAUGGCUCACAGUUCUCUGAAGCAUUUGGGAAGUUUUAUGGCCAAUCCAAGCAUGGAGUGAACAAUGAUUCUGUUGAAACUUCAAGAACACGUGGAGCUGUUCACGAAAACUGUAUAAAUUGUAUCAUGCCUCUUGGGGAGCAUGGGACAUUGGUAAGGCGUUUCAGCACAUCAGGAUUGGAUGGAAGAAUUGUGGUAUGGGAUUUGGAAAAUGAGCCAGAUCUAUUGGAAUGAUAAGCUCGUCAGUAAAUUGUCUUAUUUUCGUGGUAAAGUCUCUGAAGGUGAUUGUAGCAUACUGGCAUGUAGCAUUAUACCUUACAGAAUAAUAUGAUUGUGAGCAAUUGAAGUUAUCUUUAAUCGUUGUAAUCAAGGCUUGACAGUGUCAUAUAUCAGCCCCCAGAAUAUGUUUAUAAUCUGUAACUGUAUGAUAGCGUAUUUUCUUUUUUCUAUAUCUAGGAUGGUGUUCUUCUAAUGACUCACUGGGGAAAAGUUAUAAAAUCA